AUGGAAGAUAUUCAAACUAUUGUGAUUGACAAUGGAUCAAAUAUGUGCAAGGCUGGUUUUGCAGGUGAUGAUGCUCCUCAAGCUGUAUUCCCUUCUAUAGUAGGUAGACUAAAAUACUCUGAAGUUAUGGUUGGCAUGGAGUUGAUAGAUACAUUUGUUGGUGAUGAAGCACGAUUAAAGAGAGCUCCACUUACAAUAAAGAAUCCAAUUGAACGUGGAUUUAUAACUAAUUGGGAUGAUAUGGAAAAGAUAUGGCAUCAUAUAUUCUAUAAAGAGUUACAUGUUGCUCCAGAGGAACACCCUGUAUUGUUAACAGAACCACCCUUCAAUCCAAAGUUUAAUAGAGAAAAGAUGACUCAAAUCAUGUUUGAAACAUUCAAUACCCCAUCUCUCUAUGUGUCUAUACAAGCAGUACUAUCAUUAUAUUCAUCUGGUCGUACUACUGGUAUGGUACUAGACUGUGGAGACGGUAUGACCUAUUCGGUACCCAUCUACGAGGGUCAUGCUCUACAACACGCUAUUCAACGUCUUGAUAUAGGUGGUCGUGACCUUACCGAUUAUAUGACAAAGAUACUCAAUCAACGUGGAUACUCGUUUACAACAACUACCGAUCGUGAAAUGGCAUGUGAUAUUAAAGAGAAACUAGGUUAUGUUGCAUUAGACUUUGACGAGGAAAUGCAGGUAGCUACCAAUAAUUCGACGCAAUUAGAAAAGUCCUAUGAAUUGGUUGAUGGACAAGUCAUCACGGUUGGUAAGGAAAGGUUCAGUUGUCCAGAGACAUUAUUCAAUCCAUCAUUAAUAUGCAACGAAUCUGAUGGUAUCCACCAAAUGACCUACAACUCGAUCAUAAAGUGUGAUGUUGAUAUUAGACGCCAACUUUACAAAAAUAUCGUACUUGGCGGCGGUGGAUCGACAAUGUUCCCAGGAAUGGCCGAUAGAAUGCAAAAGGAGAUAUUAGGACUUGCACCAAGUGCAACGAAAAUAAAUGUCAUUCCUCCAGCACACAAAUACUCUGUCUGGGUUGGUGGUUCCAUCCAAGCGUCACUCUCCACCUUUAGACAAAUAGGUGCCGAAUCAACAACAACUACUGGAACUUCUACGACGACUGGAACAUCCACGACGACUGGAACGACAACAGGUACAUCAACGACAACAGGUACCUCAACGACAACCGGAGUAUCAACAACAGGAUGUGUAACACAUUGUGCAGUACUUUACAGUCAACCAGAGUUUAAGGGAGAACAUGAAGAAAUGAAAGAAGGAAUGAAACAAGCAAAUAGGGAUUGGUGGUCUAUCUUCCUUGGUGAUCCCAAAGAUGAAUUUGCAGAAGGACCAAGCCCAUUAGAAAUGGAGAGUGUAAAACCAAGUGACUUCCAUAAGCACCACAUUGCAAAUGGAAACAAUCAGAUGCAAAUUAAUCAACCUUUCAAAAACAUAAAAUAA